GAGUCUUUCAAGUCCACCCCAAACAGACCACAGUCCCACCCACUCAUCAUCAACACCAAGGACAUAUACACCCCAAAGAUUCCGUGAAAUCCGGUGGUGGUUCCUGGUGGCGACUGGUGGUGCGCAACCACCCACUCUUCCAUUUCCUCCUCCUCCUCCUCCACCCCCAAACCCACAUAACAGAUUUCAGUGACUAGUACCAGUUCUUUAGUAUUUUUUUGUUUUUCUCUCUCUACAAACUUUUGGCCUUUGCCAUGGAUGGUAACAAUAAGCCACAGAAGAAGAUGAAAUGGUUUGUUCCCCUAAUUUUCUCUCUCCUGACAUCCACACUCCUCAUAAUCCUCUCUCUCUUCACCUCCUCCUCCUACCCAUUUCGGCGCAACCCCAUCAAGGCUCCACAAACCCCAUUGUUUGUCGAAUCAAAGCUUCACAUAUCUCCCACACUGACCAAUUCUAUCCCGAGACUUGCUUAUCUGAUUUCUGGGUCUAAAGGCGAUGGAGAGAGCUUGAAGAGGACUCUCAAAGCCCUUUACCAUCCUCUUAACCAGUACGUUGUUCACCUAGACCUUGAGGCCUCGCCGGAGGAGAGGUUGGAGCUGGUGGAUUUUGUCAACAAUGAAGGCUUGUUUCAGAGAGUUGGGAAUGUGAGAGUGGUGGUCAGAUCCAAUUUGAUCACCUACAGGGGACCCACCAUGGUCAGCAAUACGCUCCACGCUGCCGCCAUUUUGUUGAAGGAAGGCGGUGAGUGGGAUUGGUUCAUCAAUUUGAGUGCCUCUGAUUAUCCAUUGGUAACCCAAGAUGAUAUGCUUCAUACCUUGUCAACUAUACCGAGAGACCUUAAUUUCCUUGAGCAUACUAGCGACAUUGGCUGGAAGGAAUUUCAGAGAGCCAAGCCAGUUAUAAUAGAUCCGGGUCUGUACAGCUUGCAGAAAUCAGAUGUAUUUUGGGUCUCGGAAAAACGGAGUAUACCUACUGCGUAUAAGCUUUUCACAGGUUCUGCUUGGAUGAUGCUCUCUCGCCCAUUUAUGGAGUUCUGUCUAUGGGGUUGGGACAACCUCCCCAGGAUAGUCCUGAUGUAUUACGCCAACUUUCUCUCUUCUCCUGAAGGAUAUUUCCACACAGUUAUUUGCAACGCUGAAGAAUUUCUAAACACCACUGUGAACCAUGACCUUCAUUUCAUAUCGUGGGAUAACCCUCCCAAACAGCACCCACAUUUCCUCACUGAUGCUGACUUUCAGAGAAUGGUCGAUAGCAACGCCCCCUUUGCCCGAAAGUUCGGCAGAAAUGAAGCAGUCCUGGACAAGAUUGAUUCUGAGCUUUUAGGCCGUGUUGCUGAUGGGUUCGUGCCAGGUAGUUGGUUUGGUAACGGUGGCACAAACAUAACUGCCCCAAAUCACUUCAUUGCAAAUAUAACUGAACUGAGACCGGGUCCUGGGGCUGAAAGGCUUGGAAAACUCAUUACCAGUUUAUUAUCUGACAAGGAUUUUGAUGCAAAGCAUUGCAUCUAAAACCCAAGAUGUGGUGAUUGACUGCCUUGAAAGGCUCAUAUCGUCUAGUGAAUAAUUGAUGAACUGAUUACUGUUCCUCUGUUCAAUCAAUAAUAGAGGAUUGCUUAUCAGACUACUAUGGAGGCCCCAACCCCAGUAACUAAGGUAGAUGAGAGAUAUAAUACUUGUUGCGAUAUCUAUGUUGGCGAUAUAUACUUGUUGGGAUAUAUUUGUUUCUUUCCAUGGUGAUGUAGAUCAGUAGUGAUGGUGCAAUUAGGACUGUGCAAAAAGCCGUCCAAUCUGCCCUGUUCGUCCGAUCUGCUUCAAUCCGCACCAAACUUUGUGGUUUAAUAGGGUUGGUGUGUAGUGAGGAUUCAAGCCUUUCUAUGGAGCGGGUCGGUUUAUAUGCGGUUCAAAACUGUAUCAUGCAAUUCAAUGUAUUGGUUGGGUCAUGCAAAAGGGUAUAUAGUAUUAGGUUGUCAUGCUUUAUCAA